AUGAAAUCCCUCUAUGGUCUUAAACAAGCAUCUAGGCAACGGAACAUAAAGCUCACUGAUGCACUUGUUCAAAGUGGUUACAAACAAAGUCCUUUUAAUCAUUCCUUAUUCACAAAGCAGCAAGGAGGAGAGAUAGUCAUUAUACUGGUUUAUGUGGAUGAUUUGAUGAUUAGUGGGAGCUCCUCCAACUUAGUCAAUGAUGCCAAGACAAUUCUGCACAGUAAGUUCAAAGUUAAGGACUUAGGCAAGCUAAGAUAUUUUUUGGGAAUUGAGGUAUCAAGGUCAAAGAAAGGAAUCUUGCUCAAUAAAAGAAAGUAUGCUCUAGAAUUAAUUUUAGAGGUAGGCUUAAGUGGUGUAAAGCCAGUUGCAACUCCUAUAGAGUUAAAUCAAAAAUUGACAACUAUGGAGUAUGACACAUGUGUUGGGAAGGCAGGAGAUUUAGAGCUAAGAGAUAAUCCAGCUUAUCAAAGACUGAUAGGAAGGUUGUUAUACCUAACUAUCACCAGACCUGAUAUAAGUUUUGUAGUGCAAACUCUAAGCCAAUUUAUGCAAAGGCCCAAACAGUCACAUAUGAAGGCAACAUUGAGAGUAGUCAGAUAUGUCAAAGGAGCACCAGGCAUGGGGCUGUUGAUGGAAGCAGGACCUAUUGAUCAUAUGAUUGCUUACUGUGAUUCAGACUGGGCACCAUGCUUUAAUACAAGAAAAUCUGUGACAGGAUAUGUUGUUAAACUAGGUAACUCUUUGAUAUCAUGGAAAUCAAAGAAGCAACCUACAGUAAGCAGGAGUUCAGUAGAAGCUGAAUACAUAAGUAUGGCUACUGCAACUACAAGGAUCACAUGGUUAACAUGA